AGUUUUAUUAUUGUAUGUUCCAUGAAAAAACUUCAAGAACUCGAAGACUGGAAAAUAAUUACACAGCAGGAAUUCGACAAUAACAGUUGUUUAACAUUGAUGAAAAAAAAAAUAAGGUUAGAGGACAAGAGCAUAUUUAUUAAACCAACCAAUGAUAAUUAUGACUUGAGCAUUUGGAGAGCAUUAGAGACAAAUAAUUCAUCAAAGGAUAAGAUUUAUAUAAUUUCAAUGUCUGAACCAUUAGAAGGCAUCUCCAUUUAUGUUAAAGAAAUGUUGCAUAAGUAUAAAUCAAAGGAAUUAAGAUUCUUGUUUAUUUUGGAUACAAAUGCACCAGAUUUUGAAUCCAAUAAAUCUUUUUAUGCAUAUCAACUAUCGAAAGAUUUAUUAGUAAAUAUUUAUAAUAAUGGUGAUUGGGGUUUUUACAAAAGUAUUGAUCUUCAAGAUAUAAAAGACGAUAUAAAAGUCAACAAAAAUCUAGUAUUAAAAAAUUUUAUUAUAAAUAAUAAAAACAAAUUGACAGUUAACUAUUUAGGGUUGAAUUUCAAAGAUUUAGUUCUUGACGAAAACACCGAAAACGAUUUCGGACCAUUUGAAUACUCGGGGCAUAACAACAACAAAACAACUAUGGGAAUAGCCUCGAUCAAUGAAAUGUCUUCUCAAAUAAUUUAUGACCCAGUAUUAUCAUGGCCUAUACCGUCGGCAUGGUCACUACAAGAGGCCGCCACUGUACCUCUAGCUUAUGCCCUGAGCUAUUAUGCGUUGAACAUAUUGAGUACCCUUCAAAAGGAUAAAACUGUUUUAGUAACCUCGGGGUUGAAUCCAAUAGGUCAAGCGGCAAUUUCGAUAAGUUUAGACAUGAAAUGUCAGACUUAUGUCAUAGUAGACUCAGACCAACAAGCUGAACAACUAUCUGUUACCUUCCUUCAGCUAUCGCGAUCAAAAAUACUAAUAAACAAAAACAACACAUUUGAUGUUCAUUUAAAAAUGAUAACAAAGUCCAAGGGCAUUGAUUGUAUAUUGAACUUUUUAAGUGGUGAAUCAUUUUAUGCUGCCGUUCGUGCAUUAGCUGCACACGGAAAUUUCUUCAAUUUUUCAAAAUUAGAUAUGAAAAAACAAAGAUAUUUGGGAUCACGAAUAUUCAGUUUUGGCACAUCAUUCUUUUCAAUUGGUUCAAGCAAAUUGUUAAAUGAAAAUAUUGAAAAUAAACAAAUUUUACAAAAAGCAUUCAUGAAUGGUUUGAAUAAAGGCGUGAUAAAACCUUUUCGUAGUCACGUUGUAACUACUUUAUCGAGUGGUAAUAAAAUGUUUGACACAAUGAGAAUCAAUACUUCGUCGAUUACGUAUAAAAAAGUGUUAUUGUCCAUAAACGAUUAUACCAAAGAUAACGACUGUUCUAAGUUAAACGAAAAAGUUGAAUGUAAUAUGUAUGAAUGUCAUCAUGAUAAAAUUUACCUAAUAGUUGGAAACAGAGGAGAUUGGUUAGACCUCGCGGAAUGGUUGGUCGAACGAGGGGCUAAAAGAAUUAUGAUCGUCGUUAAAAAGUGUUCAAUGUCAUCGACUGUUUGUAGGAGAUUUGAUCAACUCAUCUCCCGGAACGUAUCAAUACAAAUCGAAUCAGAUUUACAUUUAAAAACUAAAGAGGAGUCGCUUAACUGGUUAAAUUAUUUAACAUCAUCUAAAGAGUUAGGUGCAUUAUUUAUACUGAAUCAGUUUAACGAUACUAAAAUAAGUAAUCUACGAUAUUCUUUCGAAGAGCUUAAGAGUAAAAUAGCUGCUACUCCAUUUAUAUGUAUAUUAAGUAAAGCAGAACAUAUUUGUGCCGAGCUUAAAUCUAUAGGUUUUAAUGCAUUAAACAUAUCAUGGGACGGGCUGUCUACAGAACCAAAAAAUACAGAAACAAUUUUGGCGUCUCUAGAUUUUCUUCUACAAAAUUCAAAUACUUCAGAGUCAUAUUCAUUUAUAUGCUCUAAGGAAAACAACAAUACAUCAAAAUGGUCUUACCAAAUGAACGAUGUGAUUGCAAACUUUUUCCCUGAAUCUGCAAAUGAGUUACACCUUCUGAAUAAUAAAAUUGCAAAAGAAGCCGGAUUUAUCGAAGUUGCUACAAGAAGUCCAAGGUUAUCACAAUUGAAGUCUGUGUCACCUGUGUUUGUUAUACCUGGAUUUAAACCAAAAUCCAUCGAAUCAUUUUAUAAACAAUUCUUUUAUCCUGUAUUUGAAGCACAGUAUCCUGAAGAUAUUACUUCAAUCGAUUAUUUAGCUGAAACUUUAGUGAAAAAACUCAAAAGCAUCUCGGAUCAUGGUUAUGUAUCCAUUAUUGGAGAAUGUUGGGGUGGGAUUAUCGCUCUAAAAAUAGCUCAAAUAUUGGAAGCACAAGGAACAUUAGUCACUGUAACAUUAUUAGAAUUUGACUCAGAAUUUUUGAAUGGAUGGGCUGAGCGUUUUCGGUCAAAUGAUAAUUUCGACAAGCAGUUAAAUAAAAUGUAUAGUACAUCGUACACAGAGAUUACUAAAUCUAAAGUUCAAACAAACGACAGUAAAAUUCAGUCAAUUGUGUCUUAUCAUCAAAAAAUACUUGAAGAAAACACACACAGAGCAUUAAACCUUAUUUGGUCAUUAUUAAGGAUAUUUUUAGAGUCCAAGCCUCAGUCAAAUAGAUUGCAUUCGAAUGUGUUGAUAUUUAGAUAUGAACGGAAGUUUGAAUUUAAUAGAACAAAUUUAAAUGACUACUGUAUUAAACCACCAGUUUUAUCCAUCAUACCUAAGCCAGAUUAUAAAAGUAUGUUAGAGGACAAGAGAACGAUUGAUGGUAUAACAAAGAAUGUAACACAAUUGUAUCCAGUUGGAAUAGAAUUAUCGUUGAGUGAGAAAUAUAAAAAUGUUUACUUUAAUAUUGAAAAACUUUUCAAUAGAUAAAUCUUAACACAAAUUUAGUAUGUUUCUUUUUUAAUUAUUAUGUAUUAUGUUUAUUGUGUAUUAUGGAAA